AUGCCAAGUUUUCUUAAAUUCUUGAAAGACAUCCUGACCAAAAAGAGGAAAUUGGAAGAGUUUGAGAUAGUUGCACUUACUGAAGAGUGCAGUGCUAUAAUCCAGAAUAAGCUUCCAUCAAAGCUUAAAGAUCCGGGGAGUUUUUGUAUUCCAUGCACUAUUGGUAGUUUUAAAAUUUCUAAAGCUUUAUGUGAUUUAGGUGCUAGUGUUUCAAUAAUGCCUUUAUCUAUUGCUCGAAAACUUGGAUUUCAAGAGAUACAACCUACUACAGUUACCUUGCAAUUAGUAGACAGAACAAUCAAGCACCUAGUUAGGAUUAUAGAGGAUGUUUUGCUUAAAGUUUGGCAUUUAUACAUUCCGGUAGACUCUAUUGUGCUCGAGAUUGAAGAUGACGUUGAAAUUCUUCUUAUUUUGGGAAGACCAUUCUUAGCUACAACUGGAGCACUUAUUGAUGUGAAGAAUGGCAAAAUAACUUUUAGAGUUGGAGAGGAAGAAGUGAUAUUUAAUUUGUUCAAUGCAACUUAG